CAAAUUUCCAAGUGUCAACUUUCUUCCAUUUCUUUCAGUCUCUCUCCUUCAAUCCAGACCUGGGUUCUACUACUCCUACGCCUAGAGCUUCAGACAAUGGGAUGCUCGGAAGCACACUAAAUAUGUAAUGUCACCAGCGUCGUCUGUCCAUUCAGAUUCUGUGGUGAAAUUUGAGAGGACCAUCCCCGACCAAGCUUCAUUGUUUUGUUGGGACUCUAGAAGACACUGCGCUUCUUCUGCAGAGCUAAGGAAGGAAAUUGCUGCACUUGAGGUUGAAAUUUUAGAUCUGGAGAGUUAUCUUCUUUCGCUUUACCGGACAAGAGGAGUGUACGAAGGUAAAAACAACCUCGUUCGUGCACAAGUAUGUAUUCUCAUACACACAAUUGGUGAAGAGCCGAGACACUCUUUCUUCACUGGAGAUGCCACUAAGCUACAAUGCAUUUACUGCAACCUUUAUUCUCCAGACAGACUUUCAGAAGAAAUUGUUAGGUGUAUAUCAUCUAUAUACUGCAAGCUUGCCAACCCCUUGCAGAGCCAUGCAGACAUGUUGGCCUCUCCUACUUUUUCCUUGUCCUCCUCAAUUGAGGGGUUGAAAAGUGGACCUUAUGGUGCAAUGAUUGAGAUUCUGAAGAUUUAUUCAGAUGAAGAUAGUUUCAAUUUUGCUGCCACGAUGCUGCAAAAUUUCAGGUCAUUGGUUCAUAGACUUGAGAAAGUUGAUCCUAGGAAGAUGAAGCAGGAAGAGAAGCUAGCAUUCUGGAUUAACAUUCACAAUGCCUUGGAAUAUUUAGUAUAUGGAACUCGCAGUCGUGUAAAAAGUGGCUCUGUUUUGAAGGCUGCUUACAAUGUAGGUGGGCAUUGCAUAAAUGCCUACUUGAUACAGAGCUCCAUUUUAGGCAUAAAGUUCGAGAUCAUAAAAGAAUGGCAGCCAGCAAGAAGGAUAGAGAAGCAUAGUGUUAAGAGCUUCUUUAACAGGGGGCAGAAGUAUCAAGUCCGAGUUUACAGAGCAAAGAAUAUCUUUCAGGAUCUCAAGCUUGCCAAGGAAGAGUAUAUUGAAGCAAACAUGUACGUCCACAAAGAAAAGAAGAUUCUCCUACCAAGGAUUCUUUACUACUUUGCGUUAGAACGUCCCUGGACAUGCCUAGACCGUCCGAUAAGAUAAUCAUAUAUACUGCAACGUUUUGAUUUGCAACAACGGUGAGACAGGAUUAAGAUUAGUAUGUCGUCAAAAAAAUGUAACCUAUUGUGCUCUCUCGUGGGUGGAACUGGUACCAAUUUCAAUUUUGUGUUGUGUGCAACAAUGGUGAAACAUAAUUGUGUUCUGAUCUCCUUUGUUUGUUGGGUAUUGAAUAUUAGUUUUUCAUGAAUGAAUAAAAGUGAUGCAUAUGCAGAUUCA